AUGUGGAAUUCUCUGCGCUCCUAUGUUAUCUGGCUUCAUGAACCUGGACAUGUUGCUAGAUUUCAACAAUACUUUGGCGUAUUACCAAAAUCUAAUCGUAUCGUAACAUUGAAUGCAAAUAAUUUAAAUAAAAAUAACAAUAAUAACAAUAUAAUAAAUGAUGAUGAUUACGACUAUAAGCGGAUUCCUGAUGAAAACAGAGAUUAUGAUUCAAAUGUUUUGGAUGAAUGUAUCGAAGAAAGAAAACAUAGUGCAAAUCAAAAUCAAAAUCAAAAUCAAAAUGAAGAAAACAAUUCUUCAGAACUAGACUAUAAAAUUACAUCAUGGUUUUGGUAUUAUUUUUUUCAGUUUGGAGCGGCUCUUGGUAAUGAAAUUUUCUAUAUUUUAUUUUUUCCAACAUGGAUUUGGAAUGUUGAUGGUGCUGUAGCAAGAAAAAUAUCAAUUCUUUGGGCUUUUUUUAUGUAUAUUGGACAAGCAACGAAAGAUAUUCUAGCUAUACCACGCCCAUCAUCACCACCAGUAUUAAAAUUAGAGAAACGCUAUGUUGAAGAAUAUGGGUUUCCUUCAACACACGCAAUGUUUGCAGCUGGUAUUCCACUGUCUCUUGUUCUGCUUUCACUUCAACGAUAUGAUUUUAAUAUGUGGAUUGGAUUAGUUGCUGCAGCCAUUGUAUGUGUUUGGGUGUGCCUAAGCCGAAUUUAUCUUGGUAUGCAUACAUUUCUUGAUAUUAUUGCUGGUACAAUCUAUGCUUUAAUAUUAAUUUAUAUAAUGUUUCCAUAUGUGCAUAGCAUUGAUAAUUUUCAAUUAACUCAUUCGUUUGCUCCAAUACUUAAUUUUUCUAUUGGAAUUCUCUUGAUAAAAUGUUAUCCUAGCCUAAAAUUAUGGUCCACAGCUCGUUCAGACACGACAGUCAUAUUAGGUAGUGCAUUUGGUUUAUGUUCAGCAACAACAGCAAUGCAUCAAAUUGGUCUUUUAGAGAAGCCAUUAGCACCACCACUUUAUUCAAUCAUAGCGCCAAAUUUAGGUUUAUGCAUUGUACGCACAAUACUUGGCAUGAUAUUUAUUUAUGCUACGCGACAAAUAGUAAAAACCGUUGCUUUACGUGCAACAUGUUCUAUCUAUGGGCUUGAUUGGAAAAAUCCUGAAUCAAAACGUUUAGCAAAAGUCGAAAUGCCGUAUUAUUAUUUAACUUAUUUUGCUAUUGGCUUCAAUAUAUCUUUUACAUGUCCGUUAUUUUUUCGCGCAAUAGGAAUCAAUCGAGAUUAUAGUUAUACAGAACUGUAA